CGCUUGCUCUCUCGCUCACACGCACACUCCAGGAGCUUGUUGCUAGUGAGCUCGGACGGACUCUACCAUUUCUGCUGGCAGAGGCUGAGAGUGCUUCUCCUGGGAUGAGCUCAGAGGAUCUAAAGGUUCCAUCCUAAUCUCCUGUUUUGCAGCUUGGCUGGCUGCUCGAGUGAUUCAAGGGGCUAACUCUCUCUGGAUCUUGUUUUGCACCCUUUUAUAUUCGGAGAAGAGGGAAAGCUGGUGCCAGGGGAAUGCCAAUUUCUUCUGAACGUUGCCUUCUACAGAAAUCAACAGCAAGAGGUAGUGGAAUCCUGUUCGUCCAUUUAAAGCCUUAUCCCAAAGGAGAGUCCUGCUGUAUAUUUACAGAAAAAAGCAGCUCAAACACAUCUAGAAUCGUUUGCAACAUCUCCAGAAGACUUUUUGUCUGAAAAAAAUAUAUACCCUGGUCCGCAAUUUUGGUUGUUGGAAUCUGAGAGCACUGACACAAGCGUGUAGGGGGACUAUGCCAGUAUAGUCAACGCCUGCUCUAGGAGUAAGUACAGCGGCGCUCUCUCACACACUCUCUCUAUCACGUGUUUCUGUCUGUCUGUAAGAAUGGACGACCGCUACAGAAACAACCCUAAUUCCUACCAGGACCCCCAAGGAGGCAGCAACACCUACUCAACCUUCAGGGAAGGAGGGGACCAGGGUGGCUACUACGGCAGCAAUGAGUACCCAGCCCAGGACGAGGACGCGGCAAGUGACGCCACAGAGGGGCACGAUGACGACGAUGAGAUCUACGAGGGGGAGUACCAGGGCAUCCCCCACCCCGAUGAUAUCCGGGCCAACAAGAAGGCAGCGCAGGCCCAGUACGAAGGGCAGGGCGACAGGCUGGCAGAGAGGAUGCAAGACCAGGAGCAGUUGGCGCACCAGUACGAGGCCAUCAUCGAGGAGUGCGGCCACGGGCGCUUCCAGUGGACCCUGUUCUUCGUGGCUGGGCUGGCCCUCAUGGCGGACGGGGUGGAAUGCUUCGUGGUCGGCUUUGUGAUGCCCAGCGCCGAGAAGGACAUGUGCAUGUCCAAUGCCAACAAGGGGAUGCUGGGAUUGAUAGUGUACCUGGGCAUGAUGCUGGGAGCAUUCAUGUGGGGCGGACUGGCUGACAAGAUGGGCAGGAGGAAGUGCCUGAUCAUCGCUCUGGCCAUCAACUCUGUCUUCGCCUUCAUCUCCUCCUUCGUCCAGGGCUACGGCCUCUUCCUCUUCUUCAGGCUUGUCUCCGGUUUCGGGAUCGGAGGCUCCAUCCCUAUCGUGUACUCCUACUUCUCGGAGUUCCUGUGCAGGGAAAAGAGAGGCGAGCACCUGAGCUGGCUCUGCAUGUUCUGGAUGAUCGGUGGCAUUUACGCCUCGUCCAUGGCCUGGGGCAUUAUCCCCCACUACGGCUGGGGUUCCAGCAUGGGCACCAGCUACCAGUUCCACAGCUGGAGGGUGUUUGUGCUGGUGUGCACCCUGCCCGCCAUAUCCUCCCUCAUAGGACUCAUCUUCAUGCCUGAGAGUCCUCGCUUCCUGCUGGAGAAUGGCAAACACGACGAGGCCUGGAUGAUCCUGAAGCAGGUUCACGACACCAACAUGAGGGCAAAGGGAGAGCCUGAGAAGGUGUUCACGGUCUCUCAAAUCAAGACGCUGAAGCAGGAGGACGAGUUUAUUGAGAUCCAGAGUUCCACAGGGACUUGGCACCAGCGAUGGUUUGUCAGGAUUAUGACUGUGGUCAAGCAGGUCUGUCAGAACAUCCUGUCAUUGCUUUCACCCCAGUUCAGGAUGAAUACCUUGUUCAUGGCAGUGGUUUGGUUUACGAUGGCCUUCAGUUACUAUGGGCUGGCGGUCUGGUUCCCAGACAUGAUUAAACAUCUACAGAACGAGGAAUACGAGUCCAAAGUGAAGGUUUUCUACCGGGAACGUGUUGAACAUUUCACUUUCAACUUCACCCUGGAAAAUCAAAUCCACAAGGAAGGAAAAUACUUCAACGACAAGUUCUAUAAGAUCGAUUUGAAGUCUGUGACCUUCGAGGACUCUUUGUUUGAAGAGUGCUACUUUGAAGACAUCAGAUCCACAGACACUGUCUUCAAGAACUGCACCAUCGUGUCCACUGUAUUCUAUAACACAGAUUUGUACAAGCAUAAGUUUAUCAAGUGCAAGUUUGAGAACAGCACGUUCCUCCAACAGAAGGAGGGCUGCCACCUGGACUUCAACGAGGAGAAUGACAUCCUUAUCUACCUGGUCAGCUUCCUGGGCAGCCUGGCCGUGCUCCCUGGAAACAUCAUCUCCGCUCUCUUCAUGGACAAGAUAGGGAGGAUAAAGAUGAUCGGAGGAUCCAUGCUGAUUUCAUCUGUGUGCACAUUCUUCCUGUUCUUCGGGAGCAGCGAGUCUGCCAUCAUCGGCUGGCAGUGCCUGUUCUGUGGCACUAGUGUGGCAGCGUGGAACGGCAUUGAGGUCAUCACGGUGGAGCUGUAUCCCACGAGUAAAAGAGCCACAGCGUUUGGAGUCCUUAACGGCCUGUGCAAGUUUGCAGCCAUCCUUGGCUCCUUCAUCUUCGCCUCCUUCGUGGGAAUAACCAAGGUGAUGCCCAUCCUGCUGGCCUCCACGGCGCUGGUGGCGGGGGGGCUGCUGGCUCUGCGCCUGCCCGAGACCCGGGAGCAGGUCCUCAUGUAAGCCUGGCCAGCACAGGGGUGCCACAGGGGAGUCACAGCCCAGCAGAGCUGGGGGAUAGACUGAUACAGGCAGGACAAGAGAACAGGAGGGCUGGCUUUUUGUAAGCAUUAGGUAGCCCCCUAUAUUGUAUUUUUAUUGCAUUCAUCUUCAUUUAUUAAAAGGGCAACAGUCAAGUGUAUUGAAUUGCUGAUGAAAAUGCAAGGCUUGUUUUGUGUGCGCUUCUUCUUGUUUAUUUGUAUUGCUCUGGACAGCAUAAAAACCUGCACUGUUUAAUUCUGUUACAAACAGCACUAAAUGAGCAGCAUCCUUUUAACUGAUCUGCUCUGCUUACGGGAGGCCAGCCAAGGCUUUUAACAAGAAUAUGUUAUCUGUUAGUACAGUUCCAGUAUGAUUCGGGAUUGCAUAUUAAAUGUGCAAAUACACAAUAAAAAGAUCUAGAUGUUUCAGCUUUGCACGGAACAUUGUGUCAGUCUAUCCUUUAGCACAGUGAAUUCUAACUGCUGUUCUUAUCACCUGGAGUCUAUCAUAGGCACAGCGCAUUAAUAAGUGGCCAGAUUACUGUCCCAAUAUAAUACACUGUCACAGCAAACUCUGCCCUUCCAUCUGUCUGUGUGUUUUAAUACAAUAGUUCCAUUCUUAGGGCCUUGCUUAGAAACAAGUGCAAGGGCAAAGGCGAACUUUCUCAGAGGAACAAAACCAUUUGAAUGGUAUAAAACUAGCAAGAGCUCGGAGGAAUGAUUGUACUGAGCAAGUCCUCCUUGCUAGUUUAAUACUGUUCGGCUUGCCUUUGCCCAUUCCCUUCUCUAUUAUUCAAAACUGUGCUGGUUUGCCUCCACACUACUACUGCUCCCCACACAGACACUGUCAAAAUAUAUCUGGAUUUUAAAUGAAGGCAAUAAUUCAUAUCCAGCCAUACCGCAAAGGGAAGCUGCCUGUUAGUGUUCACCCUUGUCUUUAGUGUGCUACGUAGGGGAUUAUCUUUGCUACAGCUUCACUUCACUUUUUUUGAGGAGGUCACAUUUUUCCCCAAGUGACCCCCAAGAUAUGACACCUAGGCCAUGCUUUCUACAGGUGUUUCCUUCCCGUGCCCGCGGCAGAGUGAUACCGUUAACUGUGCAUCCUAACCCCAAGAUAGGUUAGCCAGAUAAAAAUGGGACGUGCAUUUAAGGUUACAAAAAUUCUUCAUGCUAGAGAUGAUUUUGCCAGCAGGUACAUGUAAAAUGGUUAAAACAAGAAAAAAGAGAAAAGGGGGGCACUGUAUCUUUGAAUACAAAGAGGGUGAUCAGCAUGCUGUUUUGAGCUUUUCAGUAUCACAAAACAAGAAGAGUUUAAAUGUCCUUUAAAUGUCUACAAUAAAGAGAAAUCAUAGUCUAACGGUACUUGCUGUAUGUCUCACUGUAAAUACAAUCAUGAUGAACAUUAGCCAUUCCUGCGUUAUACUGCAUCGUUUCUGUCUGAUUUAAGGGUGGAUUCCUAAGCUGCUGCUUACUUAUAGUGGCUGUUCUUAAGGAGCCAGUAUUAUAUUCUAAGAAGCCGAGCUCUGACAUUCCAUGACUAAAGUUACUGCACCAGGAUAGCACUUCAACAUAAUGGCAUGGAAAUGCUGUUCAAUUGAUUGCACACUGAAGGGCAUUAUUCUGAAAUGACCAUAGUAACUUAUUUGUAUGUUCACUCAUAAUUAAGAAGUCAGUCCUAUGAGUCUCCAUACCAAGUCAAGUGAAUUUGCAGCCAUAUUACUUCGUACCAGUAAGUACGUUGCAGAGCAGUCAAUAGCAUUGACUGGUACAGGCACAGCGCCAAUUUUUCCAAACCAAGAAAAACGAGCAAGGCUUUCUCCAAAUCCCCUGCUGUCCUUCUAGAACUGUACGAGUGGCAGGAGGCAGGCCUUACACACAUGCAACUGAUCCGAUUGGCUGAUCUGUGCACAUGUGCGACUCAGAGGAGUCACUGUGAGCGAAGGGGCAGGUUUAUGAAUACUGCUCUUAAAUGUUACACUUUGAGUAAGUUAGUUAGUGAGUCUGUAUGUCACGAUGUAUGGAAAGCCAUAAUGUUUUCUUGUUUUUAUAUGUUCAUUUUUAAGUGUGUCUGAUUGUUGUUGGAAAACGGAGACAGGUGAUAACAAUCUGUAUUUAUUUUUUAUUUUGUUUGUUUUUUGUUUUGUUCUGUGACUGUCAAAAUAAAUAAAAACAUGAAUGUACAUUGUGGUAUGAGUCUGGAUCUUUGAAAUGUAUUAUACGCAUGUGUUUAUUGAAUUGCUGGUGUAUUUAUGGGAAGGGAAGCUCUUCGAACCCUCCCCCGAGAUUAAUGAAUGAGCCUAGCUCCACUGCCCUUACUUGCUCAAUGCGUGCAGCCAGUCCUGCUGUUCCCAGCCCCUCACUUGCACACUCAGUUAUAUGCAGCACAUGUCUAAACAAGGCAGGGCUGAGGUGUGGGGCACGGCACCUAGCAGGAGGAUCUGUUUACUCUCAGAGUACAGUGUGAAAAAAACACAAGGAUUUAUUCCACUGCCAUUACUAACCCAUAGCCAGGAUGUGUAUAGUCACAAGGGUUCACAGAAGACACAAAAUCUGAAUGUUAGAAUCCUGUCGUCCAUAUACAGUACGUAUAUACAUGCGGGAGAUAUAUAUAUAUAU